AUGAUUCCCAUAUCGGAUCACAUGUUCGAUGAAGGUAUAAACAAUAGUAUGUUUCAAAAUGAUAUGAGGAACAUCAAAAAUGAUAAGCAGUUUUUUGAGAAAACGCAACGUGAUUACGAACAAGAGCAACGAGAUCUGUUGUCAUCCCAAGAUGGCGAUACGUGUGAAAUCCACGACCAGUUUUAUAGGGAUCAUAAAUUAUUACUGGUUUUGUUUAGAGCCCUUGCAGUCAUGCCUAUCACUAGGUCUAGGCCCGGAACGAUCACCUUCAGCUGGCGUUCGAGUGCCACAGCAUACGCCAUCUGCUUCUACAUCGCCGCCACCGUGGUGGUGCUGGUAGUAGGCUACGAAAGGAUCAUGAUUCUUCGCUCCAUCAAGAAGUUUGAUGACUACAUUUAUGCUAUUCUGUUCGUGGUGUUCCUGGUACCGCAUUUUUGGAUCCCUUUCGUGGGCUGGGGAGUGGCCCAUCAAGUCGCUAUUUAUAAGACCAAUUGGGGGAAGUUUCAAGUCAGAUACUACAGGGUAACCAGUGAAAAUCUCCAGUUUCCCAAUCUGAAAACUAGCAUCGUCAUUAUAAGCAUUGGCUGCUUGUUGCUGGCUGUGUGCUUCUUGCUCAGCCUGUGUGCUCUGCUCGAUGGCUUCUUACUAAUUCACACUACUGCGUACUACCAUAUUAUAACUAUGAUCAAUAUGAACUGCGCGUUGUGGUAUAUAAACUGCAAAGGGAUCAAAAUUGCAUCACAAGGCUUAUCCGACUGCUUUCGAAGAGAUGUACAGAUGGAAUGUUCUGCGAAGUUAAUAUCUCGAUAUCGCUUCCUGUGGCUGAACCUCUCAGAAUUGCUACAAUCCCUUGGGAAUGCCUAUGCUAGGACCUAUUCUACUUAUUGUCUCUUCAUGUUUACAAACAUAACUAUUGCUAUCUACGGAGCCCUGUCGGAGAUCGUGGACCACGGCUUUGGUUUCAGUUUCAAGGAGAUGGGUUUGUUCGUCGAUGCAGCUUACUGCUCCACCUUGCUUUUUAUCUUUGCUGAUUGCUCACACAAAUCCACACUGAAGGUAGCAGCCGGAGUGCAAGAUACUUUGCUUUCUAUUGACGUGUUGACUGUUGAUCGUCCAACUCAAAAAGAGAUCGACCACUUUAUCCAGGCCAUAGAGAUGAACCCAGCAGUCGUCAGCCUUAAGGGAUACGCGCAUGUGAACAGGGAACUCCUUACAUCGGCAAUAAGUAUGAUCGCUAUCUACCUGAUUGUGCUACUGCAGUUCAAGAUCUCGCUUCCGAAGGAUCCUCAAGGUUCUACGUGA